AAGCUUCGUUAGAUGUUUAGAUUUUUUUACGGCUCAAUUUUGGAGUUAGAUCUAUGUAUUUAUUUAUUGGCUUCUGUAGAUCUAGCGAUCUAUAACUGAUUUUCAUUAAUCGUGGAAACUUAAUCCUAGAAAGAAAACUGCAACAAGUCUACGGUUAAUUUUUUCGGUUUCUGUAGAAGAUGAUGUUCGAUUGACCUAAUUUUUAUGUUAAAUAGGGAUAUCGGAUUCUAAUAGUUAAAAAAACGUCAAAAGAACAAAAGAUGCAGCAGUUUGCGAUCCAACGAACCGCUACUGGAAGCAACCGUGAGCAUCUGCAGAGCUCUUUUUCGGUUUCGGUUAUGGUUACGGAUCGGAGGGGGACCGUCGUCUGCCCGAAACCACGUCGUUUGGGUCUCCUAAACACCUCUUUCAAGGACCACCCUGUUGGAUCCCUCAGAUGGCAAAUUAGCCAUCAAGCCGAGCUUUGUGAUUCAAAAGCAGGGAGUGAUGUUUUGGAUAUGAUUCUUACAAAGCAGGGUGGUUGUAGAGCGGAACAAGUAGCGUUGUCGCCCCCAUUUUUUUGUGGGCCGCCGCCGAGUAGAGUAGCUAACCCGUUAAUUCAAGAUGCUCGAUUUGGGGACGACAAGGUCAUCACCCCACUGUCACAGCAGUCUACGAGCCUGCCUAUGUCCGGCUCUCCGGCUUCCUCUUCGAGGAAAGGAGGCUGCAUCCGAGCAAAUUUUGUUAACAAUCCGGCAGUGAGAGUAGAGGGGUUCGAUUGCCUCGACAAGGAUAGCCGGAAUUGCAGGAUUCCGGCGCUGGCCUAGA